AUGUCGGCGCGGCGGCGACGGCAGGAUUCUGGGAUGACGGCGGCGUUGGUAGAGGAGAACCAGAGGAAGAAAGUGACGAAGAGGAAGGAGGAGAACGACGAGGGUGGGAGGGUGGUGGAAGCUGUGGUUCUGAUGGCAUCAGGACCAGCACCACAACCAGCAACUCUGGCUAAUCCUUGGUGGACAAGCCAGGGAGGGUUCUCUGGGGUUGACCCAGGAACCCAUUCACCUGGCUUGAGCAAACGUCACACGGACCUUGUGAUCAAUGAAAACAGCAGCGGUGGUAAUAGAGAUGAAGAUGAAGAUGAUAACAGGGAAGAUGAGCCAAAAGAAGGUGCAGUUGAGGUUGGAACUCGGAGACCAAGGGGAAGACCACCGGGAUCCAAGAACAAGCCAAGACCACCCAUCUUUGUAACAAGGGACAGCCCAAACGCCCUGAGGAGUCAUGUUAUGGAGGUUGCAGGAGGAGCUGAUGUCGCAGAAAGCGUGGCCCAGUUUGCGAGGAGGCGCCAGCGUGGGGUUUGUGUGAUGAGCGGGAGUGGCUCUGUGGCAAACGUUACCCUGAGACAACCUGCGUCUCCGGGUGCUGUUGUAGCACUCCAUGGCAGGUUUGAGAUCUUAUCCCUAACUGGGGCGUUCCUACCUGGCCCUGCUCCUCCAGGAUCCACUGGUCUAACAGUGUAUCUUUCUGGAGGACAGGGUCAGGUAGUGGGAGGGAGUGUGGUGGGGUCUCUAGUUGCAGCAGGACCAGUUAUGGUCAUUGCUGCAACUUUUGCUAAUGCAACAUAUGAGAGGUUGCCACUUGAUGAUGAUGAUGAGGGACCUAGUGGGGCCGCUACGGCGGCAAGCGGAGGAGGAAGUGGAUCGUCUCCUCCACCUGGAAUUGGAAUUGGCAGUGGUGGGGGUCAUCAACUGCAGGCUGGACUGGUUCCAGAUCCAUCAUCCAUGCCGUUGUAUAAUCUGCCACCAAAUCUGUUGUCCAAUGGAGGAGGAGGACAAGUGGGGCAUGAUGCUCUUGCUUGGGCUCAUGGAAGAACACCUUACUGAAUUAAUUGACCUCAUGAUCAUGUGGAUGUGUCAAGAUUUGAGAGAAGAAUAUAGAGGUAGAGAUCUAAUCAAGUGUUCAGAUCUGUCUAUCUUGUAUGAUUUGGAUUAUUGGUGUUGCAAAGUUAGAGGCACUGAUUUUAUAGUUGUGAAGAACUGUGGAGACAGGAACCAUGCUUAUUUAAUUUUAUCUAUGUAUAUGGAUUAUGAACUUCUUUUUCUCUUUUGUUUCUGUGUUUUGAAUAAAAAAGAUGAUCAUGGGCAUCUUUUUAAUAUAUUUAUGAAUAAUUUAGUAGUUUGUUUCA